CAUUGGCACGCGCUUCACGUGACACAAUCAAUUUGAAUUAAAGUUUUGCUAUUUUUCAAAAUAUUCAAUUUUUAUCUUUGCCUUUACCUUUGUUUAUGGUCAUACAUUCUGUAUUUUCUCUACUUGUGAACAUUUUGGAUUUGAUUAAUGUACCUACUAUAAAUAUUAUAGUUUUUAAACUACAUCUACGUCAUACCAUUUAGUGUAGUACAAUAUUUGCAGAUUACAAAUGAUAUUAUGUCUUUGAAUGAAAAAAAUGCGUCAACACUUGAAUCUCAACAUGUUCAUGAUGUUUAUGAAAACAUAGCGUCACAUUUUAGUGAAACACGACAGAAACCUUGGCCAAAUGUUGUUAAGUUUUUAAACAAAUCUAAGCCCGGUGCAAUUAUUUUAGAUGUUGGUUGUGGAAAUGCUAAAUAUUUUACCAAUACUACUGAUACUUAUCAGUUGGGUUGUGAUCGAAGUACUCAAUUAGCUCAAAUUUGUAAAAAUCGUAACCAUCAAGUAUUUAACUGUGAUUGUCUUCAAUUACCAAUACGUUCAGAUUGUGUUGAUUUAUGUAUUAGUAUAGCUGUUCUUCAUCAUUUGGCCACAAAUGAUCGACGUUUAAAAGCUUUAAGGGAAAUUAACCGAGUACUAGCAGUUGGAGGCCAAGCACUUGUAUAUGUGUGGGCUAAAGAACAGUGUAGAAAUCAAAACCUUUCCACUUAUUUGAAACAGGGAAAGGUUAAUAAACAUAAGCCAGAAUCAAAACUUGAAUCGACUAAAGAAUUUUGUGUGGAAUCAAUUGACGUCAAUUUACCAGUACAUACAAAUCGUUCAAAUUUCAUACAUAACGACUUGUUAGUACCCUGGAAGUUGAAUCAAAAAAAAGAACAAGAAAAUGAAUCUAAAACACAUCUAAGAUAUUAUCACGUAUUUGAAGAAUCUGAACUGAAAUUAUUAUGUGAACAAAUUGAUAACUGUAAAGUGAUUGAUUAUUAUUAUGAUCAGGGUAACUGGUGUGUGAUAUUUGAAAAAAUUAAAAUUUAAGUACUUGUUAU